AAGCUGACCAAUCGCAUGCCUCGACCGCGUCACCACGCCCACCCCACGCCCACGUCACCCUCUCCCCAACUCAUUUAUUCCAGGCCCACGCCUUUGCAACUCAAUCGUUCUUGGUUCAACACCCUCGCACAGAGGUGCGCGCGCCGACUACUUACAGGCGGAAGGGUAAUAUUGUCCUUACUGAUUCUGGAGUACGUAAUGCCGAGAUGUAAACGAUCAAAUGGACAUUCCAACAGCGCACGAGCACAUUCUACACCUCCACUUUCAACACAUCCUCACACCUUCGACACCCCCCCACGUGGCCACAUCAACCCCGGUCCAGUUGGACAGAGUACUAAAACGUGGACAGGUAUCAAUGCACCCACAGCACCGCUCCUGUGCCAGGUGAGUUGUGGCACUGGGGCAUGCAGUCGAUUUCCUUGUGAUCAAGUAAGAAACUUUGAGGUCACGUACAUCAACCGUCCUCCAGAAGGUUUCAAGAUGCCAUCAGGAAAGUCUCUCAAUGUGGUCCAACGAGAGAGCUUCUUCGAUGACUCAUUCUUCAAGGAGUCCUGGGAAGACUUCGAACGAGCUAUUCAGUCAGUCUUGGACAAGUUUGAUAAUAAAGGACUCAAGGUUAAUCAAGGCUCCAGAUCAGAAUGCCGUGAUGUAUACAGCAAGAUUCGUACCAGCAAGAUCGAUGAGGACCUUUAUGCUUCACAGGCUCUCCAAAUAACAGAAAAGGAUGGUAAAUUCCAGGCUGUGAUGGAUGUGAAGGAUUUCAAUCCAAGGGAGCUGCAGGUGCGUGCAGUGGACGAUCGAAUUGUGGUGGAAGGAUCCUACCAGAAGGUCUCGGAAGAUGGUAGUUCAUCAUCAUCAAAGUCGUUUUAUAAGGAGUUUACACUGCCGUCAGCUGCAGAUAUUGACCUAGUAACAACCGCAUUGUCCAAGGAUGGUGUUCUCACUAUCAAAGCACCAAAGAAGGAAGGUGCUGCAGUGACUGUGGGUCCUAAGAAUAGCAGCAGUAGCACCUCAAGUAUUCAGCAGUCAUCCUUUAGUGAUGGUGGCUCCACAUCAUCCUUCAAAAGUUCCUCCUCCAAGAUGGUUAUUCAGUCUUCCUCCAGUUUUGAGAGCUCCUCUACUGAUGGACUUGAAAGCUUGCCAAAAGAGAUGAGGGAAAAACUUAUGUUUAGCGACUCAGGAUUUGGUUCAACGAAAACGAGCACAUGUUCAUCUCCAGCACCAAGUGAAGUAGGCUCAGAGUCGUCUCGCGUUUCCUCUACCAUGGAGUUUGAUCUAGCCAAAAAAGCCCCUACUCGUACUGAAGUAGCUUUCAAUGUCACAAGUCCAAGUCAGCCAACACCUCAACCAAUAUUCAAGCCAGUACAUCAACAGGGCCCUAAUCUUCAGCAGCCACCCCAGCCCCAGUUCCAGCAGCCACCCCAGCCCCAGUUCCAGCCGCCGUCCCAGCCCCAGUUCCAGCCGCCGUCCCAGCCCCAGUUCCAGCCGCCGUCCCAGCCCCAGUUCCAGCCGCCGUCCCAGCCCCAGUUCCAGCCGCCGUCCCAGCCCCAGUUCCAGCCGCCGUCCCAGCCCCAGUUCCAGCCGCCGUCCCAGCCCCAGUUCCAGCCGCCGUCCCAGCCCCAGUUCCAGCCGCCGUCCCAGCCCCAGUUCCAGCCGCCGUCCCAGCCCCAGUUCCAGCCGCCGUCCCAGCCCCAGUUCCAGCCGCCGUCCCAGCCCCAGUUCCAGCCGCCGUCCCAGCCCCAGUUCCAGCAGCCUCCCCAGUUCCAGCAGCCUCCCCAGCCCCAGUUCCAGCAGCCUCCCCAGCCCCAGUUCCAGCAGCCUCCUCAGCCCCAGUUCCAGCAGCCGCCCCAGUUCCAGCAGCCACCCCAGCCCCAGUUCCAGCCGCCAACCCAGCCCCAGUUCCAGCCGCCAACCCAGCCCCAGUUCCAGCAGCCAACCCAGCCCCAGUUCCAGCAGCCAACCCAGCCCCAGUUCCAGCAGCCACCAGAGUUCAGUAAGCCAUCUCAGUUUCUCCAACAACAAAUAAAUCGGCAAAUGUUUCAACAGUUUCCUCAGCCUGCUGCAACAGGUUUCCAGCCAAUGGCUAAGACAGCACCUCGGGCUCCUUUUGCUCCUACGCAGGUUGUUGGAUCUGGGAAUCAGUCCAAUAUAAGUGUUACAGAAGAAAAUGGACGACGUAUCCUUACAUCCCAGACAUCUAAUGUUGUGCAAGAAAAAGAUGGUUUUAUGGAACACAGAGAGACUGCUGCCGAAAUUAAAGACAAAGACAGUCAGGCUGCACGUCGAGAAGCAACUACAAAGAUUUCUCGCCAAGAAGAAGAUCCAGAAGGAAAAUCAAAGCUGUCAGAAGCAGCUGAUGCAGCUGAAGUGAGUGAAUCAUGUAUACAACAUAUGCCUGAUGGCUCUAUCAUGUCUGUAAAGAAGAGCUCAUCUAGUGCCUCUUCUGUCAAAAAAUCCUUCUCCUCCACUGGUGAUGCAGGUUCCUUUUUCCAAACGCCAGAUUUUCCUACUGGAUUUGGAGAUUUAAAAAACUUGAUGAAUCGUGGUCAAUCUCUCAUGUCUCAAAUGUCCACAGAUUCUAUGGCUUCUACUUUGUCUGGAAGAUCUGGAUUCUCUGAUAUGUCCAAUUUUUCUCAUUUCAGUGACACUUCUUCACAAUAUUCUGGAAUGUCAAAUUUCAGCAAUAUGUCAAAUUUCUCAGAUAUGUCACCAAUGUCCCCAAGAUCACAGAAUCAAAAUGUUCCAAGCCCUGGAAGCAUGGCUCAAGACUUCAAUUCGUCAAGAGUUGUCAAAUCUUUCUCUUCAUCAUCCACUUUUAACAAAUCUUCAUUCUCCUCUAACCUUGGGGAUAAAAACUUUUAAACACUGUUGUUUAGUGUUGAUAUAAUUUGUGACCAAGAGAAAACCCUUCAUCUUAGUUAUUUAAAUAUUCUGAGUUUUGCUAAGUAUUCAUAAAUUUCCCAGACAUUGCUUUUUGUUCAUACCUAAAAUGUUAGGAAUGUUAGUGCUGCUGGGCCUUAUGUUACAUUACUUUUUUUUUUUAAAUUGGGGCCAAGCUUGUUUAAAUUCAGAUAAUUGAGUUUGUUAAUGCUGCACUGCAAAGUAUUUUUGUAUGAUCAAAUUUUAAGGAUUAUUAUUGCAUAAUCAUGGCUUGGAAUUAAAUAUUUGUUAAAUAUUGCUAGUUGAGAAAUCAGUAUUAUUCUUUAAGCUUGUAUUCAUUAUUAAGUGGAAAUUUUCUUAUCAUAUGUUAUGAAAGGCUAUAUUAAGUUUACUUUCAUUAGUGUUAAGAGUCAUUAAAUUAAGUAACAUUUCGUUUUCUACACCGCAUGACUUUUGAAUAAAAUGUUCCAUUUACUCA